AUAUUCAAUUAAUAUUAAAGGCUCAAUGUACAUAAAACCUCGCCAAUCACCGCGGAUGAUAGAUACGUACGUUAACUGAACUUUAUCGGUGAUUUGAUAAUUUUCCUGAUCAAAGUAUCAAAUAGUGAUCUAAUGUGGUAGAUAUACGUUACUAAUUACGACUAAUUUUACGAAUCGACUUAAUAAUAAAUUUAAAAAAAGAUACUCACGUGACUGGGGAUUUUUUUUUCAAACAAAGUAAUAAAAACAGCACGCGCGUUCUGUAUGGUUUUAAUUUGUGCAAGUGAAGCGUUAGCAACAGUCUUGGAAUUUUUAAGAUUACUUUGUUAAAAAUAAAACAAAACAAAAAACCCACAAUCUUUUUAGCUUUGAUUAUCGCGUUUCACAGAUGUCUAAUUCGCUAGAAAUCAACAAAAGUGUAAUUGCUAAUGAAGCGUAAGAUAACAAGAAAAUAAAUAUGGAUGGAAAUGUUAUUCCAGGUUAUACCACAUCCACGCCUCACGAACAGCAGACGAACUCCUUUAUGACGCAUUCUAGUGGGUACAAUUACCAGCAGUGGAUACCCUCAGUGGCAUAUCCGGCAACCAUGAGAGAGCACAUUGCCAUGAAUAUUCCGAAGAAGGAGCAGCGUAUUCGACGACCUAUGAACGCGUUCAUGGUCUGGGCAAAAACGGCGCGAAAACGGCUAGCAGACGAGAAUCCAGACGUGCAUAAUGCAGAGCUGAGUAAAAUGUUAGGCACUAAUUGGAAGAAUUUGCCAGCAGACGAGAAGAGACGAUAUAUAGACGAAGCGGAGAGGAUCAGACAGGAUCAUAUGAAACAAUAUCCCGACUAUAAAUACCGUCCACGCCGACGGAAGGGCACAAAAAAGGCCAACAAUAACCCAAACACAUCUCUACCAACUGAACAUUCUUCAGGCUCUUUAGCGUACGACAGGGCAUCCAGUUGCAGCCCUCACUAUUCAAUGGGGAGAUUCCCAAGAUCGAACAGUUUUAGCUACAGUGAUUUUCCAAACAGACAAUCCGAGAACGAGUUUCAGCGGCUGAGCUCCAGCGUGCCUAUAAGUGCUACUCGCCUUUCUGUAUCUCCAGAGUCACUUCCGCCAAGCAGCCCGGAGGAGGCAAGCCAUGACAACGUCGCAUACGCAGGUCAUUGUUCAUUCAGUCAUUAUCAGGCGACUGGAAUGAAUUCUUACGAACAAUCUCGCCAGUUUUCUGACUCUCAAGUGCUGGGUCGGAACUAUGAAUAUUCUAAAACGUACACUCCCCACACAAUGAUCUCUCAACAAAUACCAAAACCACAAAACGUCGGGAUUAAAGUUGAUCAUAAUGACAAUUACUGGAAAAGUUUCAACAACACGGUGGUAAAAUCAGAAAUGUAUGCUUCUGACAUGUCUUUGCAGCAGGGCAAUUUGGUCCGCACGUCUCAGGGUUUUACGUACGGCAAUUACGCUGAAAACGUAAAAUCUCAAUUUUACGAUCAGAAUGAAGAGCAGUUUGAUGACGUGAUCGAUAUCAAACCGGAAGAAAUGGAAAUAUACAUCAACCCAAACAAUCGGCUGGAUCUGAACAGGAACGCCAUUGAAAGAUGCCUUCCCGCUCUUUCUGCUCGUGCCGAUUUAGGUAACGUUAAGUACCGUGAGAUUAAACGCGAAUACCAAGACGUUCAUGAUGAAAAUGACUACAAAAAUGAAAAUACUGCUGUUUAUGAUGAAGCGUCAUCGAUGGUUCACGAGUCGGAGCAGUGCAGAGAUAUUCCAGUAGUAUGUUAUGAUUUUGAAUUUGAUGCACAACCAAUGAUAAACGCCAUUACGAAUAAAACCGGGUAAAUGGAACAAUGAAAGUAUGUGAGGAAUGCUUUUGAUAAAUAUUGUAAGAUUACAUUUUUUGAAAAUUAUUUCCUAAGUAAAACAUACAAAAGAUUGCAAUUUCAGGCACAUAAAUGAACAUUCUAUAUUGGCUUUUACUCAUUUUAAGUAAGUCAAACUGGCUUGUUCAGAGGUUUGACUAAAAUUUAUAGAGAUUUUGGUAAUUAUACUGUUCUUCUUGUAACCAUUUUUUGCUAUAAAACGUUUGAUACAUCUAAUGAAUUAGACAAUAUUCAAACUAAUAUUGCAGACAUAAAACUUAUAAAUAUCAGAAAUCAUUAUAGAUCUGGUGAAAUAAAAGCAUCGCAAAAGCUUUCUAGUUCACAGUUUUCCCUUCUUGAAAACUGCCUAUAGAGAUAAUACGGUUUUACUUUUAGUCUACAUUUUUACGAGCUGCAUUCUUUCUGCACGUUUCUCCACAUAUUUCUGAUUAACUAUCUACCUUACGUCUUUAAAUCAUUACAAUAAAAUACGCUCACGCGUGUUAUAUACAGUAAACAAAGAUACAUUUACCUUUGUUGUUUUUUUUUUGUUCGGCAAUGAAAUUUGCCAUGUUCUUUCCAAUCAGGGCGUGGAAACAGGCAAUAAUAUCAUUUUAGUGAAAUGAUCUCUGCAAAUCUUGUUUUGUUUCCUGUUAAUAGAAUUUGCCAUUUUCCGCGUUCAGAUUUAAUAGAAAUCCACCUUUGGUUUUACUUUGAAAGUGGGUUCAUUAAGUUUUUUUUCAUGAAAAUCAUAGCAAAUAUAAUGUUGAUGAAAGGAAACAUCAUGAACCAUGGGUGAUUUGUUUGUAUUACUUUAUUCAACAAUAUAAUAAUAAAACCUGCUAUAAAGCUAGAGAACUGUAUUCUAAUUCAUAAAUUGUUGAUUUUCACUCUUGCAAAAGGGUCCCGUGUAUGAAUCUUUAAUGUCAACCACCUUUCAAUUAGUCAAUUGCCGUUAUGUCUAUAUGUUGAUAAACUUAUAUAUGCUCCUCAAAACUUAGUAAUGGCCUCUUCACCAGCUCAUAUGAAAGCACUUGAAUGUUAAAAUUUAUCAGGAAAUCGUCAAUAAAAUGUUAAUUUAAGUUUCAUACAGUAUACUCAUGUUCAGUGUUUAGUUUGUUUUUAUAUCUUGCACCUGUUAAACUAACAUAUAUUUAUUUGUUCUCAUUUUUAAUCUCCACAGUCAAUAUGUAUAUGUUUGUUCAUGAUUUAUACAUCGAUCAGCCCAACUAGGUUUAAUAACAGCUUAAAUUAUCUGUAAAGUGAUUAUAAUUGACAUAUAUGUUAUUUAUUGUUAUUUGCUUUCCUAUAAGUCGUAUAAAGCAAUAUUUUAUUCGACAAACUUUAUAUACCAUUGACACUCUACAUUAAGAGCCUUAGAUUUAUUACUUUAUCUGUUUUGAAGAAACUCUUGUAACGAAGCUACAGGAUUGUAAAAACAAAUAUAUCGGAGUUUAUCAGGGUUCAGUUUUUACAGCUUAGUUUUUCACUUGUUUCAUAAAAACCUUUCAACGUUACAAACGCGUAUAAACGUCAAUGUGUCUUUCUUAUUGUUGCAAUGAAUUUUCAUUUGACUCAAUUCUGAAUUUUAAUUUGACUUAAUGUUGAUAUUUUUUUCUUCAACAUAGAACUUUAUUUUAUUUUAUUUUGAUUACAUAUUCAGAAAGGUAUAAAAAGUUGGAAAUGAGUUAGCUGUAAUGCGGUUCAUUACACAUUAAUUGUUAUUUCAUUAAUUUGAUUUUGUAUUAUACAUGUAUUAAGAUCACUUGAUAUUAAAAUCUUUCUUUUGCAAGAUCAUCUGUUAUAUAAAAAAUCUGAUUUAUUUUGCUGCAUACUAAAUUGACUUUGCAACGAACACAUUCUUGUUUUAGUUAUUGUACAUACAUAUACAUUUGCAUGUAUUUUUGUAUUUUGAAAAAUAUGAUAAUAUGCACAAUUUGAUAAUUUUCUAUGCUAUGUUUUAAUUUGACUUUUAUUUAUAGUAAUAAUGUCAUGUAAGUUAUAUAUAGAAAUUUCACAACGCAGUAAUAUGAGUUUCAAACAAAUUUGACUUUGUAACAAUAAUGUUUUUUUUCCCCUACCUUUCAGUUACUGUACAUAGAUGACUUUUUAUCUGAGGAUUUUUACUUGAUGGGAUUUGAAAUAUUACACCAUUUGAUAAAACUUGUGCGCAAAUUUUUAGGUCGUUCCCCCAUCCCAUGUUUCCAAAAUAAUAAUUUAUUGUGCAAAAUGACUACAAAAAUUAAAAGCGUUGCAAUGCAUUUCACUCGAAAUCGAGUUCAGAAUCCCACAAAAAACGAUAUUCAAUUCUGAGUAUAUCUUUUUAUUAUCCUUUGCAAAUUAUUUCCGUUUUGAAUGCUAUAUUUGAUCAAUGUAUGAAUUUCAAAUUUUAUGUUUCAGACAUUUUGACUUCAGUUUAACUCACUCAAUAUAAAUUUCUACAUUAUGUUUUAAUUUGACUUUUUAAAACAAAUAUCAUGUUACUUCACUUAUGAAAAAAUACAACGCAGUUAUGUAAUCUCUGUUAUCUAUCUGUAUAUUUUCACAAGUUUCUUGCUAUCUUGAUAAUUUAUCAAACUACAUAUAUUUAUUUUUGUACCUGACUAAUAGGUUUUUCAUAUAUAUUUUUUUUUUUGGGAAAAUGCUUUAUACAUAUAUAUCAAUAGGUUACGAUUUGUAACGCUAGUAAAUAAAACUUUUAUAUUUUUAGAUCAGUAAUUUUAAUAAGUGGAGAAAAAAUGAAUUUUUGGUUAAAAAGUCCCUCUUUGUCAUAUGUUUAAUACAUGUAUAUAUUAUAUUGAACAGAUUAUCUGAACAUGUUCCUACUUUAUUUGACAAGAACUGUCUGUUUUCUUUUUUUGUCUGUUUGUUUUUGUUUUUGAGAUUAUAUUUGUAACUUUAUUUUAUAAUGUAAAUAGAUUUUAACUUUUAAGAUAUACAUGUACAUAAGAGACAAUGAAAUAUAAAAACAUAUUAUAUUUUUUAUGACACACACUAAAGAAUAUGUAAAUUUUGAAUGCUUACAGUGAAAAUGACUUUAACUUACCUUAACUUGCAAAACCAUGUCAUCUAUCAAACAAUAGUUAUAAGCAACGAUAAUAUGCAAAUGAGUUCUUUGAAAUUCUACAAUAUACAAUCAUGAUUAUUUUCUAAAAAAGAAAUAUUUACUAUUAAUAUUUUUGUGUUAUUUUCUUUUUCAUAAAAGUAUCAAAAAUUUGUGUACUGUCGUCGUUUGAAUUGAAACGUUUACAGUGCCAUAGGUAAUUUCAGAUUGAGAUUUGUUUUAUAUUUAUUUUAAUUAUUUACACAAACAAAAAUAUCUUAUGUCAUGUUUAUGAUUUUUUGCUCCUUUGAAAUAAAAAAAUGAUGAAAAAGAA